AUGUCGACAACACAACCCUGCACAACUCCAAUAGGAGAUUAUUGGGAGUCGGUGAACAACACAACACUUGAACCCUCGAUGAAGCACGCACUGUCACCGGUAUUGAAAAGCACUUUUCCAGUAUCUAAAUGGGAUCUUAAUCUAUAUGCAAUAUUACGGGGACUAUGUCCUGGGUUUUGUGAUAAAAUAUUUUAUUUAUGGCAUUUUAAUAGCCGGCAUAAAACAAUCGCUGUCAUGUGUUGUGCGAAAGCUAACGAAAAUCGAGAAUCGGUAACAUUGAAUUUAUGCUGUCCUAUGCUAUAA